AACCGGCGCGGCUAAUUCAAGAUGGCGGAGCACGAGCAGCUGUUGGACGAGAGCUCUUCAGCUAAGGCUCUUGUCAGUUUGAGGGAGGGAAGUUUGUCGAACACCUUAAAUGAGAAAAACAUCCUGUCGAAAUCCCAGAACACCAGAGGAAGGAGUAGCUAUACGAUGAUGGAGAUGCCAGCAAGAAGCUCAAAGAGAAGUCGUUUUUCCUCUGAAGAAGAGGAGCGGUCUCUCAGCUCCAGAUCCCCCAGGAGGAGCCAGAGAGUCACCACCGUCCCUCAGAAACUUGCGACUGUCGCAACACCAGAUAAAAAAACCUCACAGAAGAUUGGACUGAGAUUACGAAAUCUGCUCAAGUUACCCAAAGCGCACAAGUGGUGCAUCUAUGAGUGGUUCUACUCGAAUAUUGACAGGCCUUUAUUUGAAGGAGAUAAUGACUUCUGUUUAUGCCUGAAGGAGUCUUUCCCUAAUCUAAAAACCAGGAAGUUGACCAGAGUGGAAUGGGGAACCAUCAGACGACUCAUGGGUAAACCCAGGAGGUGCUCUUCUGCGUUCUUUGCUGAGGAGCGAACGGCGCUGAAGCAGAAGAGACAGAAGAUGCGUCUGUUGCAGCAGAGGAAAAUCACAGACAUAUCGCUUUGUAAAGAUCUACCGGAGGAAAUCCCUUUGCCGUUAGUCAUCGGCACUAAAGUCACCGCUCGACUCCGGGGCGUCCAGGACGGCCUGUUCACCGGACAGAUCGACGCAGUGGACACAAGUGCAGCAACGUAUCGCGUCACCUUUGACAGAAAUGGACUUGGGACACACACGGUUCCAGACUACGAAGUGCUUAGCAACGAGCCUCCGGAGACGAUGCCCAUAUCUGCUUUCGCUCAGAAACAGCGCCCGUCACGCUUCCCGAACUUCAUGACUCCUCCACGGGGGACGUAUCCCAGCUCGACUCAACCCAUCUUAAUGGACAGCGAUCCUCUGUUUAGUCAGUCGCCCUGGAAGAAUAAACUAACUGGAAGUGACGGAGAGACACUCGGAGGAUUCCCUGUCAAAUUUCUCGUGCAAGUCACACGGUUGUCCAAAAUACUCAUGAUUAAAAAGGAACACAUAAAGCAUUUAAAGGACAUGAACACCGAAGCUGAAAAACUGAAGUCCUAUUCCAUGCCGAUCGGAUUGGACUUCCAGAGGAGGUACGCCACGACAGUACUGGAUCUGGAGCAGCUUAAUAAAGACCUGAACAAAGUUCUGCAUGAAGUCCAGCAGUUCUGUUAUGAACUGGCCCCGGAUCAAGGCAUGCAGCCUGCAGAUCAGCCCAGUGAGCUGCGGAGACGGUGCGAGGACGAAGCCCAGGACAUGGUGAGACUCUCCAAUGCUCUGCCUGACGGAGAACAGCGCGUCCAGAGUCCUGGACUCACGCAGCUCAUUUCUCGUCUCACUGCUCUCCUGCUGCAGAUCAGGUGCUUGGCAGAAGGUGGUGACCUCAACUCCUUUGAGUUCAAAUCGCUGACCGACUCCCUGAACGACAUAAAGAAUUCAAUAGACAGCUCCAACCUCAGUUGUUUUCAAGACAACGUAGAGAUCCACGUAGCGCACAUCCAGAGUGGCCUGAGUCAGCUGGGGAACCUGCACGCUUUCUCCGCCAACAACACCAACAGAACGUGACCGAUCCAGAGCCCGCCCCGUCUUAAACAAGGACUGAAAAGAAACCUGAAGCAGAACGAGCUUCAACCAAGGAGCCAUUUUUAAUCCCACAAUGUCUUAAACAAGCGCGGCAAGCAUGUACAUGCUAGAACAGGAGAGCCGUUAGUAGCGCGUUACGUCUUGGUUGUGAAAUGCGCCCGUUGGCAUGUUUUUAUUACGCGCCCUGCAGGAUUUAGCACAGGAUCACGUUCACCUUACUUAAAGUUCCCUUUACAUUUACAGCUGUUUCCUGUAGUCUUGCUCAGUUUCGGUUCUUAUUUAUAUAUAAAUAUUUUCCCCAGAUUUUUAUUUUAUGCUUCCCUCAAAAAAAGGGAAGUACAGUUUCAAGUGUCUAAGACAGAAGAUUUUUGAAUGUGUAUAUUGUAGAUAAUUGUACAGUUUAUUGACGGAUUGGCCCUGUAUGUAUACAUAUUUUAUAACUUCUUUUAAGUAUUUUUGUAAAGAGUCACAAAUUUGAUGGUGUAGACGGCUGAUCGAUUUAGAUUGUUCUCUCCCCCGACCCGACCCCACCCUUUGUGGUUAAACUUCGCCAAUACUGUUGUGUAUCUUCCAUUAUUUUAUUUUGAGUUCAGAAGUUUUACUUUUCAAUGAUUUCCACCAGUUGUCGUUAUUUAACUGGUGCGUGUAAAUGUGUACGUUUUGUUAAUUUCUAAUUAAAUGUUAAACACAUGAUAGUUUUCCUGGAUUUUGUAGGAAGUCAGACACGUUUCAUGUACAACUUGUUUUAUUUUUUUCAACAGUAACAUAG